CACAAAUCAACAAAGUGGUUCAAAUGCAAGCAAACUGCAGGAUUAAGUGCAAAUAUUUCGAGGUUAAGCUUUUCAAAGUUUCCUUUGAAAGUCAUGUUCUUACUUUCAUGUAAGUUCUAGGGUAUUUAUAAAAAAGAUAAAAAAGUAAACAAUAAAAGUCUCACAAUAUGCGCUCUCAAAUGAGCAAUUUCUUAGAUUUAACUACUCGCACUGUUUGGUACAACUUGAAGUAGUACUUGCAGUUUGUGACAUGUGAUACAUUAUAACAAAAACAAUACUUAUAACCAUGACAGCCUUAGCUCAUCUUCGAAGAGGAUCUUCUGGAACUCAGCAGUUAUUCAAGUUACAGUCUGCAUGUGCAUUUUUUCAAUGCCAUGAGUCAAGUUUUGUACCAAAACGCGUUCUCAUUUUUAAAAAAAUUUCAAGAUAUCAGAUUGAAAAAAAUUCCAAUCCUCAAUUAAAUGAAAGUGAAUUGAAACACAAACUUGUUUCUGGAGGUGCUAAUUAUGAUGCUAUUAAAGCUGUUCACUAUCGAACCAAAGAAACUGAGCUGAGAGUUGUCAAAGCAUUAGCUGACCUCGACAUUAGCUUUAAAAUAAGAAACAGGUAUAAUGUAGAUGUCGACAUUAUUGCAUGGGCAGACUUAAUUUUACCUAUUGGAGGUGAUGGCACAUUUCUUAUGGCUUCUAAUUUGAUUAGGAACAAUACCAAGCCAAUAAUAGGUAUUAACUCUGAUCCCGAAUUCUCAGAAGGAUUUUUAAUGUUGCCAUCAAAGUACACAAAUUUAAUUGAUGAAAUAUUUGAAAAACUCAAAUCUGGACACUUUAAACAUCUUAUGAGAAGCAGAAUCAGAACAACUCUACACGGAGAGGACAUAUGGCAGGUGCCUGUUUAG